AUGAGUGACCAAAGGCUAACCUACACAGAACUAAAUCUGGUGAAGGACUCAGACAGACAACAAAUGAAACCUAAGGGCACUAGAGGCUCCAUUCCAGUAACUGAGCAGGGAAUAACCUAUGCAGAGCUAAAUCUUCAAAAUGCUUCUCAGGAUCUUCAAGGAGAGGACAAGAAUGACCACCACAAAGCAUCCCCAUCACCUCCAGAAAAGCUCAUUGCUGGGAUCCUGUGCCUUGUCCUGCUGUCCACUGUAGUAGCGAUAGCUGUUACUCACUCUUAUGUAAAACCACAGCAGAAUGAACCUUCUUUGACAACAGGGAUCCAAAAAGUGCAUAAUCUUUCUCCAGCAUAUCCUUGUGGUCAUUGUCCGCCGGAGUGGAUAAGGUAUUCCAACAAUUGCUACUACAUCAGUACUGAACAAAAGACAUGGAAUGAGAGUUGGAUGGCCUGUGCUGCUAAGAACUCUAGCCUGCUCUAUGUAGAUAAUGAAGAGGAAAUGAAUUUUUUGACCAUUUUCAAAAAGUUUCCAUGGAUUGGACUUUCCCACAGAAAUAAUAAUUCCUGGGCGUGGAAAAAUGGCUCAAUGUUAUCUUUCAAAAAGUCUUCAAAAACUUCAAAGCUGGAGAAUUGUGCAUUUGGGGAUUUUGACACACAGAAGCUCUCUUUUGAAUCCUGUUUAGAAAACAGAUCGUAUGUUUGUAAGCACCAGGCACAUUAG